AUGAAAAUCAGUCGCAGCCUGUCCUUACUCAUAGGCCUGUUGUCGAUUACGCAGGCAGCAUACAAUGGCACUGAAAAUUCCACUACAACGAUUUAUCCUCUUAGCACUGACGAGGAGUUCUCGUUUAUCCUGACCGAAAUUCUUGCUCUGGCCAAUGGCGGAGGCACCGCUACGAGCGAGGUUCUCCGUGCUGCGAGCCAGAUUUUGCCAGGAGACUUUGAAAGUUGGUAUAACGAAUUCAACUGGCUUGGCAUGCGUAUACACGACUUAGCUACUCAGGCCAAAUCGGCAACGUCCAAGCGCGAAGCGCUGUUUCGGGCAUCAUCUUAUUACCGGUUUUCUAGUUUCUUCUUGACUGGAAAUUCCAGCGAUCCACGUCUGUACGAUACAUUCGAAAAGUCACUGGAGGACUUUCACGAAGCUAUAUCCCUCUUGCCGAUUCCCGGAGAACUAUACAGCGUAUCCGGACCGAGCUACGAUAUUCCAGGGUACUUUUUCAAGGCUAAUGCGGGGAAUGCGACAAAGCUACCCACGAUAGUGGUCGGUAGUGGAUAUGAUGCAGCUCAGGAAGAUAGUUGGCAUGCUCUGGGCAAGGAAGCAACGGAUCGUGGGUACAAUUUCGUUACAUACGAAGGACCGGGCCAACCGACAGUCCGACGCAAGCAGAAGGCUGGCUUCAUUCCUGAGUGGUGGGAUGUGGUCACCCCUGUUGUUGACUACCUUUCCCAACGCGACGAUGUCGACAUGAACAACUUGGCUCUCAUUGGGCUGUCCUUCGGAGGUCAACUAGCACCAAGAGCUGCAAGUCGCGAACACCGCUUCAAAGCAGUUUUUUCUAUUGACGGCUUAGUCGACAUGCAGGCCGCUGUCCUUGACAAGUUUCCAGACGAACUUACAACUCUUUUCAAGUCUAGCAACGCAAGCUUUUUCGACAAAGUUGUUAGCAGCGCAUUGGAUCAGCCUGAUACCUCAACUCUAUUCAAGUGGUUCACUAGCCAGGGGCUAUGGGCCUUUAACACGACAUCAUACUAUGAUUGGUUGUCUCAAUUGGGUGAGUUUGCACUCACACAGGAGUUGGUCAAUAACAUCAGCGCAUAUGGCUGGGUUGGCAAAGGAGAGGACGAUGACUUGGUAGGAGGACAAGAAGACGUCUUGGCACGUUACUACAACGCUAGUGGGCGGCGCGAUGCGACUUUUCAAUUAUUUCCAAUGAACCUUGGAGCAGGGCUGCAUUGCCAACUUGGUGCCGAACCUUAUUUGGCACAGGCCGCCUUCGACUGGCUGGACGGUAUUGUCUCUAUCUGA